AAGUUGGCUGACAAACCAUUACCAAUAAAAGUUUGUCUACAUACAGCUGUGGAAACCACGCCCAAAUCUCCCCUAAUCCUCUGAUCUCUUUCUCUGAUCUCCCCGAUCUCUGGCUCUCUCUGCUGUUGGGUCGAAGAGGAAUGACUUUCCCCGCUGAACUCAGGGUCCUUAUAAGUACUGUUCUUGUCCUAAUCCUUGUUCCUCCAUCUUCUAGUCUUAAUAAUACUGAUCACUACUGUCCUCCUUCUUCCUGUGGCAAUAUCCCCAACAUCAGCUAUCCGUUUCGACUAAAAGGCGAUCCCCCAAAUUGCGGAGACCAAAGGUAUGAGCUCUCAUGUGAUGAGAACAACUACACGUUGUUAUCUUUACAUGAUGGUAGUAAAUACUAUGUAAGCCAAAUCAAUUACAACAACUACACAAUCCGAAUUGUAGACUCAGGUAUUCAGGAGGAUAAUUACUCCUUCAUCCCUCUUCAUUUUCUAAACCGUCAUAAUUUCAGUUGGAGUUAUUUGGAUCCAUAUCAAUUAUAUGGGAGUGCUUCCAAUUUAACAAUACUAACACUAUCAGAAGUUGUGGCUAUUGUGAACUGUGAAAAGCCAGUGACUUGGGCUUCCUCUUUGAUCCAUUGGGACACGACUUCUACGAAGUGUUCUAAUAUUAAUAAUGGAUCUGUGCCUUCUUCCAACUCCUCUUUUUCUCAAUAUUCCAAAUGGUAUCUUAUUUCUGGCAAGAGUGGAGUGAAUGUGAUGGAUGUGGAGGAGUCAUGCACGAUAGAGCAAAUCUCUCUGACAUCGUGGCCAGGACAAAUUUCUGCUGAUCCUAAUAUUUCCUGUACGGACAUCCUCAAUGUAUUCUCAUAUGGUGUUGAGCUUUCUUGGUACCGGAUUUAUUGUGGAAGCUGCGGCAAAUACUGUAGUUGCUACCUUGACGAGUACGAUAAUCAAGUUUCUUGCUACCUAUGGGGAAAUGCACCUACUUGGGUUGGUUUCUUACUAAAACAGGCCCGAACUGUAGUUCAUUAUGCUGGAUUGUUAUGGCUCAUCGCUUAUUGUGUUGGAUUCUCAGGCCGGGACGUCGGACCCGAACCAAUCUCACAAUAUAAUUUGGUAGGUUUAUUAAUUGGAUUACUGUUCAAUUGGCAUUUGGCAAUUAGUGUAUUAGGUGCUCCAUUUGUGAUUGCAUUUUUGAUAUAUAAAUGGCGAAGGAGGCACUUAUCCAUGUACAAUGAUGUUGAGGAAUUUCUGCAAAGCCAAAAUAACCUCAUGCCAAUAAGGUACUCUUUCUCAGAAAUUAAGAAAAUGACCAAAGGUUUUAGGGAAAGAUUGGGUGAAGGAGGAUUUGGCACAGUAUUUAAAGGAACACUUCGAAGUGGACGUCUUGUAGCAGUAAAGAUGUUAAGCCAAUCCAAAGCAAAUGGACAAGAUUUUAUCAGUGAAGUAGCAACCAUUGGAAGGAUCCAUCAUGUGAAUAUAGUGCAACUCAUUGGUUUUUGUGUUCAUGGUUCAAAGCGUGCCCUUAUAUAUGAGUUCAUGCCCAACGGAUCUCUAAACAAACACAUUUUUUCAUCAGAGGCAAGUAUCCUCAACUACGAGAAAACAUAUGAUAUUGCUUUAGGAGUGGCUCACGGGAUUGAGUAUUUACAUCAAGGAUGUGACAUGCAAAUUUUACAUUUUGACAUUAAGCCUCACAACAUUCUUCUUGAUGAAAAUUUGAAACCCAAAGUUUCAGAUUUUGGCUUAGCAAAAUUGUACCCGGUGGAAGAUAGUAUCGUUCCUUUGACUCGUGCAAGAGGAACGUUUGGAUACAUGGCUCCUGAAAUGCUUUACAAAAACAUUGGAGGCAUUUCAUACAAAGCUGAUGUCUAUAGCUUUGGAAUGCUGUUGAUGGAAAUGGUGAGCAGAAGAAAGAACUUGCAUGCAUCUACAGAACAUUUAAGCCAAAUUUACUUCCCCACUUGGAUAUAUGAUCAAUUCCAUGAUGGAAAGAAUAUAGAAAUUGAAGAUGCUACUGAAGAUGAAAGAAAACUAUGUAAGAAGAUGAUAAUAGUUGCAUUAUGGUGCAUACAAUUGAAGCCUAGCGAUCGUCCAUCAAUGAUGAAAGUCAUCAAAAUGCUUGAAGGAGAUGUUGAAUGCUUACAAGUUCCUCUCAAGCCUCUCCAACCAUCACCAAAGAGAGAGAUAAAGGGUGCUAGAGAUAAUUCAAAUCAAGCUUCAUCAUCAAUUCAAUCAGAUGAAUCAAGCCUUGCUUAAUUUUUAUUGUUUGUCUUUUUAAAAUUGAACUAUCUCUUUUUAUCCUUUUUUAAGAGAAGUUUGCUUCAAGCCCACGAAAAAAGAAAAGAUCGACAAUUUAAGGUCAUAAUCUUUCUACGCUUGUUGUAGUAUAUAUACUUUGCAGUGCCCUAAAAAUAAGUAUCAAUCUAAAUAUAGUUUGAUGCUACUCAUCCAUGUAUAAAUUUUUUACACA